GGGCUAGCCCUGCUCUUCCUGGAUACCGAGGCGCGCGGUGGCAGCGUACAUCCGCGGCGAGACAGCCGGGGUCAGCGGCGCGAGGGCUGGGGCCUCGGGCUCGGAGCCCAGCUGUACGUGCGACGCCCGGACCGGCCCUGCCUCUGGACGCCCCGCCCCCGAGGACGCCCCCACCUUCUCGGUCCCUGGCUCCAGCGAUCGCCUGAGAAUCAUACGCCCCCGCCCUCCUGGGGCCUCCAGCCUGUUGGAACAACUCAGUUUGCUCCUUGUUCCUCGGCUGCUGAGGACUUAGAGUCUUUGUGCCCCCCCCCCCCCCCCGAGCUGUCGGGGGCUCUCUGUAGGCCCCCAGGGAGUGGCCCUACCCUACUGCUUCCCCACCCCAGCUAGCUCCUGGUGAGGCCUGUCUAGGAGCUUUCGGGGAAGCCCUUCCUGCACCCCAGGGACAUGGAGGAGUUCCGGCGCGCCUACAGCCGGCUGUGCAAGGAGAGUGGGGCCGAGCCCCAGGAGACUGUUCUGCAGCAACUGCACCAGCUGGCACAGGGCCGGCUGGACCUGGCCACACAGAGCCUGACAGUGGACACCUGCAGGGCUCUGGGCAAGCUGCUGCCGAAGGAGACACUGCUGACGGAGCUCGUCCUGAGUGACUGCAUGCUGAGUGAGGAAGGGGCCACGCUGCUGCUGCAGGGGCUGUGUGUCAACACCGUCGUGCGGUUUCUGGAUCUCAAGGGCAAUAACCUUCGAGCCGCAGGGGCCGAGGCACUGGCAAAACUCCUCCGACAGAACAAGUCCAUUCAGAGCCUCACCCUGGAAUGGAACAACCUGGGCACGUGGGAAGAAGCCUUCUCGGCCUUCUGUGGGGCCUUGUCGGCCAAUGGUGCCCUGCGGCAGCUGGACCUCCGCAACAACCAGAUCACCCACAAGGGCGCCGAGGAGCUGGCUCUGGCCCUGAAGAGCAAUGCCAGCCUCCAGCAGCUGGACCUGCGCUGGAAUCACAUCGGCCUCCUGGGGGGCCGCGCCCUGGUGAACUGUCUCCCCAGCAACAGAACCCUGUGGAAACUGGAGUUGGCUGGGAAUAACAUCCCCGGCGACAUCCUCAGAGCUGUGGAGCAAGCCAUGGACCACAACCAGGACCGGCAGACCGCCUUCCGGGAGAGCCAGGCCCGAGCCCACGUGCUCAGCAAGGAGGUGCGGCACCUCCGGGAAGAGAAGUCCAAGCAGUUUCUGGACUUGAUGGAGACGAUUGACAGGCAGAGAGAAGAGAUGGCCCGGAGCAGCAAGGCAUCAGCAGCACGAGUGGGGCAGCUUCAGGAAGCCCUGAACGAGAGGCACUCCAUCAUCAACGCCCUCAAAGCCAAGCUGCAGAUGGCUGAGGCCGCCCUGGCUCUGUCGGAGCAGAAGGCCCAGGACCUGGGGGAGCUCCUGGCCACCACAGAGCAGGAACAGCGGAGCCUGGUGCAGAGGCAGGCAAAGGAGCACAGGCUGGAGCAGCAGGAAGCUGCAGAGCGGGAGUCUAAGCUCCUCAGAGACUUGUCUGCUGCCAACGAAAAGAACCUGCUUUUGCGAAACCAGGUGGACGAGUUGGAGCGGAAGGUGAAAUCUCAGCAGGAGCAGCUAUUCCUGACCAGGCAGGAGCUGACCAACACGACAGCCGAGCUGAAGAUGCGGGCUGUCCAGGCUGAAGAACGCCUGGAACUGGAGAAGAAGAGGUCCCGUCAGAACUUGGAGGAUGCAGAACAGCUGCGCUUCAAGGAGGUGGAGCACAUGACUCGCCACCUGGAGGACAGCGAGAGGGCCAUGCAGGAGAGGGUGCAGAGGCUAGAGGCUACACGAAUGUCCCUGGAGGAGGAGCUGAGCCGGGCAAAGGCUGCGGCACUCAGUGAGCGCAGCCAAGCCGAGGAGGAGCUCAUCAAGGCCAAGAAUCAAGUCCGUCUGGAGGAGCAGCAGCGCCUGGCUCACCUGGAGGAGAAGCUGCGGCUGCUGGCGCGGGCACGGGAUGAGGCUCAGAGUGCCUGCCUGCAGCAGAAGCAGACGGUGGCUGAUGCCCAGACACGGGCCAGCCAGCUUGGCCUGCAGGUGGAGGGCCUGAGGCGGCGCCUGGAGGAGCUGCAGCAGGAGCUGAGCAGCAAGGACCAAGAAAAGGUGGCUGAGGUGACAAGGGUGCGGCUGGAGCUGCAAGAGCAGAACGGCCGCCUGCAGGCCGAGCUGACGGCCCAGGAAGCGCUGAAGGAGAAGGUAGCGGCCCUAGAACGCCAGCUGAAAGUGAUCUCAAGUGACCACCGGGAGGCACUGCUGGACCGGGAUAGUGAGAACGCCUCUCUCCGUGAGAAGCUUCGCCUUAAGGAGGCCGAGAUUGCCCGGAUCCGGGAUGAGGAGGCCCAAAGGGCCAGCUUCCUGCAAAAUGCUGUCCUGGCUUAUGUGCAGGGGUCCCCCCUGAGGACCUUGAGCCCCCAAAAGUGA